GGCAGCAUCUCGUCACUGCCAUCGCAGAGCAGAUGUUUGGAUUCAAGACGACUUCUUGGGAGCUGGGCCACCAGCGAAGUGUCAUUGAGCUGGACACCCCCUCCAUGACAGCAGAGCAAAUAGGGGCCCUGGAGAGGAGUGUGAAUGAGAAAAUCAGGGAGAGGGUACCUGUGACGGUGAGGGAACUGGCUGCAGAUGACCCUGACGUUGAAACAGUGAGAAGCCGUGGUUUGCCAGAUGACCACGUGGGACCAGUGCGAGUUAUUGACAUCGAAGGCAUAGACUCCAACAUGUGCUGUGGGACCCACGUCUCCAACCUGAGUGACCUGCAGGUUAUUAAGCUCCUCGGCACAGAGAAAGGGAGAAAGAACAAAACCAACUUGGUUUUCCUGGCAGGAAACAGAGUGCUGAAGUCACUUGAACAAAGUCACAGUACCGAGAAGGCUCUAACUUCACUGCUCAAAAAUGGGCCAGGUGAGCAUGUAGAGGCCGUGAAAAGACUUCAGAGCUCAGUGAAACUGCUGCAGAAGAAUAACUUGAACCUGCUUAGAGACAUUGCUGUUCUGAUAGCCCGGGACUUCAAGAGCAAGCCUGUUCCAAGUCAGCUCUUUGUGCUACACAGGAAAGAGGGUGACUCUGAAUUCAUGAACAUCAUCGCUAACGAGAUUGGGACAGAGGAAACCCUGCUGUUCCUGACUGUGGGGGAUGACAAAGAAGCAGGACUCUUUCUUCUAGCUGGACCAGUUGAAGCAGUUGAGAAUUUAGGUCCCAGGGUGGCAGAGCUGCUGGGGGGCAAAGGAGCUGGGAAGCGAGGCCGCUUUCAGGGCAAGGCCACCAGGAUGAGUCAGCGAGGAGAAGUGGAAGCUCUGCUCCAGGAAUUCACCAGCUGCAGAUGCCCUGACGUGUAAAAACUGUUCUCAGAGCAGGGCUGUCUUCCCUGCUUUGCGUGAGCUCCACCAGCUUCUCUCCUAGAGAAUAAAGGCACAA